AUGUCAUCAGUGAAACAACUCGUGAGCAGCAGCGCCCGUGAUGUGCCUCGUCGGGCCACGAAGGACCUCUACCACGAGGUGAAGACCAUGAAGACGGAGGUGCGCAUCCUCCACCAGCAGCUGUGGUGCUCGACGAGGGCUCGUCUGGUGCUGGGCGCGCUGGUGACCCAGUGGGCCGCCCAGGCCGUGGGUGAUCGCAGCAAGAGGAUGCCCCGCAGUAGCUCUCACGACACCCCCGUCAUGGCCGUGAGCCCGUAUUUCGUGGCCCCCAAGUUCGAGGAGAUGCUGCAGGCUGCAGGAGACUUCGUGCGCUUCGUGGACGACCACGCGGAGCUUCCACAGGCCACGCGCGCCACCGCGGAGUCGGAGGACGUAUUGAUUGAGGAAAUCUCGGCGGACCCGAUCACUGACCAGGGGAUCUACCUUGUGACAGUGGCAAUACCUGACCGCUGA